UCUCAUAUCGACAGAAGAAAGGCGGUAAUGAGCUUUCUAAAAAAAUCCGAAAGAAUUGCAUCUUUUGUGAAGGAACCCACUACAGUAAUGAAUGCCGGAAGGUAACAAACUUAAGAGGAAGGAAAGAGAAAUUGAAGGAUAGAUGCUUCAAAUGUUUUAAGCGAGGACACAACGCUUCAAGUUGCAGAUUCAAGAAGAAUUGCUAUUUCUGUAAAGGUGAUCACAAUAGUGCCUUAUGCCCGAAGCAAUUUAAGAAGACUACACCUGAUCUAAAAAAUACUGAAAAGGAUGGCAGUGGCGACAAUCCACAACAAGAAUAAACAUCUACCUUGCAGACUGAUUUUGGAUGGUGGAUCACAACGUAGUUACAUUACUUCAGCAAUAGCAAACACAUUAAACAUUAUUCCAGAUGGAGAAGAUUUUCUCACAAUGUAUACUUUCUCAUCAACUUCACCGAAAACUAUAUAUAGCCCAUCAGCUGAAAUUAAAAUUAAAACAAAAAGACGUCAUUAAGGAUUUAAGAAUCAACAUAGUUCCUCAUAUAACAAGAAGGAUUCCUAUUGUGAAGAUUGAUAUAGAAAAGCCGAUUGAUUUUCUAGCAGAUGAUGACACCAGGGGCGAGAAUGUUGAUUUACUUAUAGGUAAUGAUUAUUAUUUUUCGCUUAUUCGAAACGAGCGCAUUGAAAAGGAGAACAUGAUUCUUAUAAAUACGGAUUUUGGUUGGAUUGUAUCCGGGAAUGGCGAACAAGACAGAGAACAUAGUACCUUAUCAGUCAUUACAUACUAUUGUCAGUGCCAUGAUACAGAUUGUACAUACUUUAAUGAACCUGAUCUACCGCUAAGAAGUAUUGACAUGAAAUUCCUUUGGAGUUUAGAAAGCAUUGGUAUAACAGAUUCUCCCAAAACAACCAGAGAAGAAGAAGCAGUUAAAUAUUUCAAUGAAACGGUACAGUAUAACAAUGGCAGAUAUGAGGUCAAGUGGCCAUGGAUCCAAUACCCGCCUGAUUUACCAACAAAUUAUGGUUUAGCCUAUGGUAGGUUAAAGGGCUUGUUACGGAGAUCUGAUGAGAGCACGCUCAACGAGUAUAACCGAAUUUUAAAAGAACAAUUAGAUAAAAAUAUCAUCGAAGAAAUUGAACCUAAAACAGUACCUAUCUAUCAAGUAAAUCCUCUUGUGCACUAUCUGCCACAUCACAUAGUAAAACAAGAAGGUAAAAGCGGGCGGAUCGUCUAUGAUGGUUCAGCGAAGAUAAAGGAAGGCAAUAGUUUAAAUGAAUGUAUGUACCGAGGUCCUUCAUUGCUAGAAGAUCUCACUGCGCUAUUGAUUAAAUUUAGAACCGGCAAAGUAGGAAUUACUGCAGAUGUUGAGAAGGCGUUCUUACAAAUUGGUCUUCAAAAUGAAGACAGAGACGUAACAAGAUUUCUCUGGGUUAAGGACCCUAGUAAAGAACUGACAGAUGAUAACAUACGACAUUUCCGAUUUUGUAGAAUCCCGUUCGGCAUAAUUUCUAGUCCAUUCUUACUAACAGCAUCAAUUCGAUACCAUAUAACCAAAACAAAUGAAGCUCUACUCACAAAAAUAGCAGAUAAGUGCUACGUUGAUAAUUUAGUGACAUCUGUUGAAUCGCUAGAUGAAGCUUUACGCUUGUAUAAUGAAACCAGGACAGUAUUUAACGAGCUUUCAAUGAAUAUAAGAGACUGGGUGUCAAAUGACAGUAAAUUUAUGGAGAAGAUCCCAAAGAACCAGUCAGGAAAUCAAUCAGUAAAAUUGAAAAUACUGGGUCUCAUUUGGAACCUACAAGAUGACACUUUACAACUUAAAGUUGAAGAUAAGGCGCUUGAAGCUCAAGCCAAAGAUGAACUGAACAAAAAGGAUAUCCUUAGAGCUCUUGCCCGUGUCUAUGAUCCAUGUGGGUUUGCGUCGCCUCUUAUUCUGCCAGCUAAAUUACUGUUUCAAGACUUGUGCAUCCAGAAAUUUAGAUGGGACGCACCUUUACCAAUGAAUAUAGUUCAAAAAUGGAAAUCCAUUGUGGAGAAAUUAAAGACAGCAAAAGAUAUAAAGAUCCCUAGAUAUGUGGCCGAAGACAUGCCGGAAGGCGCAAUGCAAUAUGAACUUCAUGUCUUUACCGAUGCUUCUAAGUUCGCCUACUCAGCUGUUGCGUAUUUACGCACCCAAUGUGGAGGGACGACUAAAACUGCGUUCCUAAUGUCAAAAUCCCGCGUAACGCCUGUAGAUGACAAAGAAAAUUUGAAGAUUCCCCGUCUAGAACUACUGGGCUAUUUGAUAGGAAGUAGGUUGCUCAAGUACUUGAAGAAUAACCUGAACCUGACAAUUCAUAAGCAGUACUUAUGGACGGAUAGCCAAGUUGUGCUUUACUGGCUUAGAACUAACCACUUACUGCCACCCUUCGUAAAGAGACGCAUAGAUGAAAUAAAUCAACUAAAGGACGUCGAGUUCUGUUACAUAAACACUAACGAAAAUCCAGCUGAUUUAGGGACACGUCCGGAACUAUGGGAUGAAAAGCAAGCCUUAUGGUUUACAGGCCCACCUUUCCUUGUCAAAGACUCAAAAUUCUGGCCAAGUAACAGGUACUUAGAACAAAAUACUCUUCUUUUGGCCGGGGAGGUCCUGGACAUAAUAGAUGGUCCAGAAAUGGUACUGAAAGGGUAUGAAGUAGACCCACCUGCCUACCUUACGGGAGAAAUUCAGGAAGUAGAUGCCAGAAGUGAAACAGAAGUUACUAACAACAAAGAGCCUGAAAUCGGUACCGCAGAUUUACCUGAUUCCCUCACAGGAGUGGAUCAGGGGGUAAUUACUAAUGAUACUAAGACUGAAACCGGUAUUACAGAAAUCUUGGAAGUACAAAAGAAACAUUUCCCUGAUGAGAUAAACGGAAAAAAGACUGCGUUAAUGAGAAGCCUUGAUCUGUUCCUAGAUGUGGAUGGAAUCUUGCGGUCAAUCGGUCAUCUUUACCCACUAGAAGUUGACAACUCCAGUGAAGACACCCAAACUUCUGACAUCUUAAAUCCGGUUAUUCCAACUCCAUUGGGUCCACCUACAAACAAUGACCAAGUUGAGAUCAACAGCGUGCCAACACCAAUACCAAUCAACAUAAACCCACAAGUCCCGCAACAAAGCUGCGAGUACCCUAAACAAAAUCAGGGAGAUGUGGCAGAUCUGUCCCACAAGGAAGUGACUGUUCCGGCAGAGGAAGAUGUAGCCAAUUCAACCAAUGAAGAUGUAACUUAUCCAGUUGACGAAUGUAUGUCAGAGCCCGAUGACAUAUUUGUGACUGAACCAACCGCACCAGAUACACCCAAUAUGCGGGACGAUGCUGUCCAAAGAUCAACGCCAGCUAGACAAGCAGCCAUUCGAGCGAAGGAAAAAAUCGCCGAAUGGACGCGCAACCUAAUAAUCCUGUUGCAGUAG